AUGGAAGAGGGAAAUCACUCGGUGGUGACUGAGUUCAUUCUCUCAGGACUGACAGAUCGUCCAGAGCUCCAGGUUCCCCUGUUUUUGUUGUUCCUACUGAUUUAUGUUACCACUCUGGUCUGUAAUGGUGGGAUGAUCUUGUUAAUUACAAUUGACCCACAACUUCACACCCCCAUGUAUUUUUUCCUCAAGACUUUGUCUUUCUGUGAUCUCUGCUGUUCCACAGUAAUAGCCCCUAAGAUGCUGCAGACUUUCCUAGCUGAGAGGAAAAACAUUUCGUACAUUGCCUGUGCUGUGCAAAUGUAUUGCUUCCUUGUUUGUGUAGCUAUUGAAAGCCUCUUGCUGGCUGUGAUGGCGUAUGACCGUUAUGUGGCCAUCUGUAACCCACUGCUCUAUACAGUCACUAUGUCCAAACAGCGUUGCAACCUGUUGGUGGCUGGGGUGUUUGCUGUGGGGUUGGUGGAUGCAACGAUACUCACAUGUUGUACAUUUCAGCGGUCAUACUGCCGCUCCAACAUCAUCAGGCAUUUCUUCUGUGGCAUCGCCCCAUUGCUGCCACUCUCCUGCUCUGACACCCGCAUCAAUGAGAUUGUGAUGUUUGCUUCUACGUGUUACACAGUAGUGAUCCCCACUGUGACUAUCGUCCUUUCAUAUGUCUGUAUCAUCUCCGCCAUCCUUCAGAUCCGCUCUGCCGAGGGCCGGCUCAAAGCCUUCUCCACCUGCACUUCUCACUUGACUGCAGUGGGCAUUUCUCAUGGCACCCUCCUUUUUAUAUCCUUCCGGGCAACCUCCAGUAAUUCCAUGGACAGAGACAAAACAGCCUCAUUGUUCUACACACUGAUAAUCCCCAUGCUGAACCCCCUCAUCUACAGCCUGAGGAACAGGGAAGUAAAGGACGCUCUGCGGAAAGCCAUGAAAAAAGUCCCAAGGAAUUCCUGA